AGCCGGACCGGGACGCCUAACUUUUAAAGAUGACUUUCGCCAUGAUGCGGCCUGUGGCGACGCACUUGAUCUAUUCAGACUUCACCAUCACGUCCGAGGAUGAUGAAAACCGCAGCGAAAGCGACGGCAGCUCGGAGCAAAGUUACUGCGAUUCCUCCGACAACCGAAGACGUCUUUCGGGCACACUGGAUGGCGACUCCCCGGUGGUCGUGAAGCAGAGGAGCGCAGCUAACGCCAGGGAGAGAGGCAGGACCCAGAGCGUCAACACCGCCUUCACGGCUCUUCGGACUCUCAUACCCACCGAGCCGGUGGAUAGAAAGCUCUCCAAGAUUGAAACUCUUAGACUAGCAUCCAGCUACAUUUCCCAUCUGGCCAACGUGCUUCUUCUCGGAGACGGUGGGGUCGAUGGACAGCCGUGCCUCGGCGCGGUUCAUGGGCAGGGAGGGAGCGGUGCUCAGCAGCCGCGGACCAUCUGCACCUUCUGCCUGAGCAACCAGAGGAAAGGGAUAAAGGAUGGCAGAGACUGUUUAAAAAUGCGAAGGCUGGGUCCGCUGCGAAUGAGACGCUGACUGGAGACCAGUGAACGAUUAGCAACCUGAAAAUCCUCAAAGACUUUCUCAGGGAAGAGUCGAAGCUGGUGUU